AUGGCAUCCAUCCCAUCGAGCGGCUCGCUCAUGGCAACGCACAACUACUACAGAAGGCGCCUGAGCUCCACAUCCAGCAACAGCUCCUGCGGCAGCUCGGAGUACUCUGGGGAGGUGAUCCCCCACCCCCCGGGUCUGCCCAAGUCCGACCCCGACCACUGGUGGGCCAGCUUCUUCUUCGGGAAGACGACUCACCCGGCCAUGACGACCGUGUCAGAGUCCCCGGAGAACUUGGGAGCGCUGCAGGUGAUGACAGGACCGAUGGCGUGUGGCUUGGUGCCGGCCCCAGGAGCAGGACGGAGGCGUCACGCCAGCGAGCCCAGCUUCGGGCCCUCGGCAUGA